CAUCGAUUCAUAUUUCAGAGCGCGAACUGGCGUGUGUAUUCUGUGUAUUUCUCGCACGGAGUUUCCACAUGUUUUUUUUCCGCACGCGAACGUCAGGGAUUAGCUGACGAACGAGGUGAUCCUGGUGCGUGGCGAGUAGGAAAACGCGCACGCGGACGAUAGCAACCGUCCACGGAUAACGGCAAGAUGAGCAAGAAGCGGAAUAGACAACCCGACGCGAACGCGGAAGUCAGCGAAGCCUCCACCGAGUCCUGCGAGGAGGCGAGUACAGUAGGUGCGAAAUGUCCACAUAUAGCAAAGGCUAUCAAUUUGACAAAGGUAAAAAAGAACUUAAAGAAGACUGGUGUUGACGAAUGUUCUACAUGUAAGAAGUUGGAACUAGAUUUUAAGAAAGGGGAUGAGCAGCAUAUCACAAAGCCACUAUGGGUUUGUUUACAAUGUGGAGAAUUAAGUUGUGGUAAGGAAGAAGGACAACAUGCUAUCAAUCACUAUAAAAGACCUCACAGUGAUUGUCAUUGCAUGGUGACAGAUACUUAUCAUUGGAGUGUUUGGUGUUAUCAGUGCGAUAUUGAAGUUCAUCCUAGUAGCAAGAAAAAACUGCUUGAAAUUGUAGAAUUCAUAAAGAAAUGUGUCACCAUGCCACAUAUACCUCAGCAAUUGAAAAUGUCUGUGACUCAGUGCCAAAAAGAAAUGAUAGUUGAUGUACAAGACAAAGAAAAACAUAAAAUUUUGAACAGUCUUCCCAAAGUUGGGGGCUUAGUAAACUUAGGAAAUACUUGCUUCUUCAAUGCUGUGCUUCAAUGUCUGGCACAGACUCCUUAUUUAGUGAAGGUAUUGGAUGACUUACGUCUACCCGGGCAAAAAUUUGUCUUGCCAGGUGGAAAACACAAGCUUGCUGAUACUGAAGAUGAAGUAGAAUUGCCACCAAUUGAAGGUACUUUGGAGCGAUGGGGCAGUUUCACAUCGGUUCUUUGCGAAACCUUGUCAAAGAUGCAGAGCACUAAUGGUCAUCAGACAUACACGCCUACGAAUCUUCUUUGCAAGCUUAAGAAGAAGACCACACAGUGUGUGGAUGGUGGUCAGCACGAUUCGCAUGAAUUCCUACGACACCUGCUAGAAAUAGUACGGAAUGAGGACCUUCGAAGAUAUCAGAGUAUAAUCUUGAAAGAAGUCGGUCUAAGCGAAAAGACGAAUCCAGGUGGUGUGGAGAAAGGUUUAAAGUCUCGGGUAAAAUUCUACGGUUACCAGGCUAGUACGCGACUAUUAGGACCGGAAGUAGUAUUUCGGGGCGUCCUAGUAUCUACCUUGGAAUGCCUAGACUGCCAUCACUCUUCGCAGCGCACCGAGCCUUUCCUGGAUCUGAGUCUACCCGUCACACCGGACAAGCCGCAGCCGCCGAUUUUGAAGAGGAAGAACAGCGGUUUCGAGGAUACAUUUGACGCAAUGAAUACUCAACACCGCGAUUGGCAAACUUCUGAUACAUCCUGGAAACAGCUAAAGAAGGAAAAGAAGGCAGCGAGGAAGAACCGGAAGAAUAAGAGGCAUGAGAAUCAUAAUAAUUCUAGCAUAUUAAUGGAGCCGAAUAAUCCUGUGGAAGAAAAUAAUGACAGUGUUCUGAAGUCAGAAGAGAGCGACGCUGAUGUGGAGGACAACAUCGAGGUGGACAACUUUCAUCCAGAGAUCGGGGAGUCCGGUUACAGUUCGGAAAAGGCAUCCGCUGUCGCCAGUCCCAUAUCUCCUACUGACCAUCACUCGAGCAAUGAUCUCAACAGCGACAUGCCUAAUCCGGACAGUAAUCUAGACAACAAUAUCGACUCAACACAAGUUAGACAAUCGGCGAACAUUAACGCAUUAACUAGCCCUAGUCCAACCGACGUGUCUAUGACGGAUUUGACUCAAAUCAGAAUGCCGUCCGACAAAGUAGAUAAAAACGUCGGUACUGUUAGUCCGGAGAACGAAGUAUCGGGUGCUGCUCUUGUGUCCACUUCUGUGAUCGUCAACUCCGACGUUACAAGCUCAGAGGCGUCGACCGUGAGCUAUGGCAACGCCAGUGCUUCUAAAGAGAGUUCCACUAGUCCUCUCAACGGUGAUGUUGCGGAGAGGUUGGAUGAAGCGUGGGUGGAAACUACUUUACCAAGGUGCAAUAGAAGGAAAUGUAACAACGGAAUUUCUAACGGGGACAACCCUGAAAAGCAGGAUUUGUGUAACGGGAUCGGUGAUAUAAUGACGGGAAUGUCCAGGUUGGGUAUUAGUGGGCAACAAUCACCCGGCAGAUAUUCGACCAAGGAGGGAGAAUGUUCUGUAGAAUCAUGUUUAAAUCAAUUCACUGCUUUGGAACUAAUGACAGGAAGCAAUAAAGUUGUGUGCGAAGCAUGUACAUCUCGUGAGAGAAAGGGACAAGAAGGUCUGUCGAAAAUGGUGUGUACUUCGAGUACCAAGCAGUAUCUCGUCUCUCAAGUACCUCCUGUAUUGAUAUUGCACUUGAAAAGAUUUCAAACGCAGAGAGUUGGCGUCCGUAAGGUUUUCAAACACGUGUCGUUUCCAAUAUUGCUGGACUUGGCGCCAGUUUGUAAGGGUCACAAGAAACCCCGGCUCUACGCACUUUACGGCGUCGUCGAGCAUGGCGGGAGCGUCCACGGUGGUCACUAUGUGGCUUACGUCAAGACAAGACUACCGUUACCACCAGACGAUCCCCGCUGGGCAUUUCUUUCUAAGGAGAAGCACGCUAAGGCAGAUGAAUCGUCAAACAGUUCUAGUUCAGAAUCGGAGGGAGAGGAGGCGUCGGCAAAAGCCACGUCCGUUGUGGAACCGCCACCUGGAAGAUGGUACUAUAUAUCAGAUUCUCGGGUAUCGGAAGUGGAUGAAAAUACGGUACUGCAGAGUCAAGCGUAUCUCCUAUUUUACGAGAGAAUUCUCUGAUUCGUUAGAACAUUGUAAAGCAGAACAAAAUCAGAAAUUGAAGGAGUCGUGUUCGGAUUUUUCAACCGAGCAGCAGACUACCGGACUUUUAAUCAAUUUUCUAAUUCUAUCAUUUUUAAUAUCGUACUGUGCGUUUUUAUCAGAUGUACGAUAUAUAUUUAACUGGCGUAUAAUUUAAAGAAUUAUUUAUACAUUUGCAAAAAAGCCGCAAAUAAUAGAGAUAUCGGAAAUUAGAUUCUCUCUUAUAAUUGGCUGACGGUAAAAUGCAAUUUUUGGAAGAUUUGAAAUCUGUAUAUUUCCAAAUUUCUAGAUUUUCAGAUUUCUCUCUUUUCUCUAAAAAUUUUAAUAACGUAAACCGGAGUUACCGUGACAUUUCUUUCAAAUAAACAACGAGAUAUAAUAACGAGAUUAUAUUAGUUUCAAUCAGCAUUUAGGAAUAGAAGCAGGACCAAGUAAAAAAAAAGUUUAUUCAAGGAACUUUCAUCAUAAAAUAACUCCGGUUAAUGAUAAGUUAUUUCGUUCAGUUAUAUAAAAUGCAUAAAAUUUAAAACACUCACAACUUAGUAUAUUUAGAAGAUCGAUAUUCUUAUUAUUCUUUUAUUACUCAUGUUAGAAUUAUAUGCAAGGAGAGAACAAUUUCACAACAGAAAUUUAAAAACACGCGGUAGUGUAAUUUGUAAAUCAAGAUGAAUAAUGAUAUUGUUGGAACAGCAUGAUAGGGAGUUUUUUUAAUAGCAUACUUCGAUUACGGUAAAUGCUGAAAUAAUGUAUUCAAUGUAAACAUACAAGUUGCCAUGAUAAUUAUAUAAUUGUUAAUGGUAUAUAUAUUUUGUGUAUACUGAAAAAAACAGCUUUGUGUGAAGAAUUGUUACAGAAUUUUAAAAAGGACAACAAUUGUUCGCCUAUAAAUACUUAUAUAUAAUCAUCUACUUACACACAGAUUGUAAAUUUCACAUUUACAGUAAACGGAACGCGCUAUUACGACAAAAAAAUCUCUAAUAUGCGAGCUACAAUAACAAAUAAUGCGAUCUAAGGAAGAACCAUCUCUGUUGCGUUCUUAUUGCAGAUAAUGUACACGUGAUUGCAUUUAUAAUAAAUUCAUUGUGACGAUUGA